CUUAACAUCACAAAUUUAAACCACAAAACUCCUGUCGCGUGAGAGGAACAUGCAGGGCUGGCAGGCAUUCAGGCAGUAUUGACUUUGUAAUAAAAGCCCUACCCGUUGACUGGUCGGGGUCCUCUUCUCGAAACGCUCGGCGGCCUGGGGGGAGGGUGCUUGGACCCCGGACCGGCAGCACGGAUCCGAAGCACCUGCCCAGGGCUGCCAGGUGGGUACAGUACUUACAUCCACUUGCCGGCCCCCCCCCCUCCUCCACCCGGAACUAUGUGGGCUUCCUGCCAUCGUCGUCUCUAGCAAGCACCACCGGACGCCCACGCCUGUGCGACAAAACAUGACGGAGCAGAAUGGCAUUGACAUCCUGUGCGACGCUGCGGGCUCCGAUCUGCUGCUGUCGUCACUCUUCCCAUCCCAAUCCCACGCACAGGGCCAAUCGCCGCAGAAGAAGGUGAAGCGAUCACACCAGUCUCCGCCGGGAGCCGCCUCCGCCUCCGCCACCUCCACCUCCAACCACAUCUGCCACAUUUGCAAGCGCGUCUACGAGAGGGCAGACCACCUCACGAGGCAUCUCAGGUCCCACGAGAACGCGAGGCCAUACCAGUGCACCAGGUGCCCCAAGAGAUUCAACAGAGCUGAUCUUCUAACCCGUCACGAGGCCACCCAUGACCGCGAUGCUGGGAAAUCAAAAUCAUUCAUAAGGCGCAGUGACCGAGCUGCCCAGGCCUGCGAGGCCUGUGCCUCUGCAAAGGCCAAAUGUGACGACCAGAAACCCUGCGGGCGAUGCCGCGCCAAGAAGCUUGCCUGUCAGGCCUCGGCGAGGCGCUCCUACCAGUACAAGACUUCCACAGAAGGCGACUCGCCGCCCUCUGACAGCGCUACUGUGGCUUCAGCCAUGGGCAACAACGUGCCGCCCGUUCAGAUCCAAAUGCACGAGGCAAUGGAGCCCACGCCCUUCGUGCCCGAUGUCAUGGGCCAGGACCCCUCCUUGAUAGAUGCAAUAUCUGACGAUAUGGUCUGCUUCAACCCAAUGAGCAGUUUCCUCCAGGAUAUGGACUUCACCAUGUCUUGGGACAUGAAUUUCGAUGCCUUUUCUAUCCCACAGUUUGACCUCCAGGGACCAAGCCCGCAAUCCUCCACUACCAAUGCGGUCGCCAGGCCCUCUCCAAGAAACACAGUCAGAGACUCUUCACGUGGCCACUCCGCAUUCAAACGAUCGCCUUGGCUGUGGGACCCGAAGAAGGAAGACUACGUGCAGCAGCAGAAGGAGGGGCUUCACAUAGACGAACAGUCCAUCUCGCAAUCACCCGCCUUUGGGAAGCUCAUGGACAGGCCGUCACGGAGGCUCAAGAUGACAGCACGUCAACGGGACCGAAUAUUCUCAAUUGUGCUGGCCCAGAAUAAGGACCAGUCGAAAGUGCCCUCCUUCCCCACAUUGGAUCUGCUCAAUUACCUUCUCCAAGCACACUUCGUCCAGGACGAGCACCAGUUCGAUACCUGGAUACACCCCGCCUCCUUCGACCCGGACACCGCCCUUCCGGAGCUUCUGGCAGCCAUCAUAUCGAGCGGCGCGAGCUUCAUCUCUGUGCCGGCCAUAUGGCAGUUUGGUCUCGCAAUGCACGAGGUCGUGCGGCUGGGUGUAUCGGACCUGUUCGAGAAGCUCAAUGCUCAUACCAGGAACCUGAGCGCCCUACAAACGUUCAUGCUUACCUUGGACGUGGGGAUAUGGAGUGGAUUCAAACGCAAAAUGGAGAUAGCCGAGAGUUUCUUGCAACCUCUCUUAACGAUGCUUCGACGAGCCGGAGCUUUUUCUGCCCCCGCUGACUCUCCUGCACUACUGCCCCUAGACUCCGAUUCUCCAGAGGCUCUCGAGGCGAAAUGGAAGAAGUUCAUAUCACGUGAAUCCUACAAGAGACUCAUACUCCAUCUAUUUUCCCACGAUGUCCAAACAUCCAUCUCGCUUCAAAGAAACCCGUUGAUCUCAUUCAGCGAACUUGCCUUCAGUCUCCCAGCGUCACGCGACCUUUGGUGUGCUCCGACGGCGGAAGCAUGGCGUCAGGUUCAUCACUCCAAGGCAACCAUGCUCAGGCCGCUCCCGCGUGUCUCUGAAGUGCUUCACUGUGUCGAUGUCCUGGACGAAGUCGAGGAAUUCAUCGAUAUUGACUUAUGCUACAGUGCUGUUCUCAACGGCUAUUGGGGACAGGUCUGGGCUUACCGCGAGUCCGUUCGAUUCUUCUCGACGGCGAGCAAGGGGGGCACCAAUCGACUAUGGCUCAAGUCACAACACCAGGAGCUAUAUCAGGACCUCUGUGGCUUUUCAUCCAUUAUCCACACGUCGAGCGCGCCUCGUAAUCACAGCACGCUCCUUGCCAUCGUCGUUGAAUUAUUCCUCAUGAUCAUGCACGUCUCCCCGGACGAGAUUCAACGCUUCGCCGGAAAGUCUGGAGAAGAGGAGUCACGCCGUGCAGGAACGUCGUUGGAAGAGAACUGGGCCAAUACCUCGGAUGCACGACACGCAAUCUGGCAUGCAGGCCAGGUUUUCACAAAUGCGAAGAAACUGCCACCAGCAAGCAUAAGAGGCUUUAAUGCGAUCGCCGUUUACCUUGCCAGCAUGACCCUCUGGACCUAUGGGUUGUUCUGCUCACCUGCUCCACACGGUGAUGAUGCCGAUUCGGGCUACCUUCAAUCAGGGGAAAGGCAGCAUGCAAAUGCGGGUAUCAGGAGGUCAGCGUCAGUCUCUGGCGCCGGGCCAGUCAAGCAUGUACUCCUCGACGAAGAGGAGACGAGAGACACCAAGGCAUUCCUGCAAUUUGACCGUGGAGUGCCCGCCUUGACGACUUCGCAAGGGGCGGUAGAACCCCUGUCGGACCCGAGCAAGAUCUUGUCUAUCGCCAGGAGCCUAUUCAGAGAGAACUACCCUGUUCGCACGGAACCACUUCCGCCCCUAGUGGAAAGUCUGGGGAAUCUUUUACGAGACCUGGGAAGCGGUCUGGCCGGAAUGCCGAGCCGGGUCGCCUCAAGGGUGCAUAGUCAAACGGCUAGUAGGAUGGGCAGUGAGGAUCGAUGAUGGUGUGGAGUUCAAAAGUUUGAUUACACUACACGCAUUUGAAUGGCCGAUACUACUAGCGCAUCGUGUGAUCAUGUGGAAAUCUUCAUCCUGGAACGGCAUUCUUCAGACACACAGUCUUGUCUCGGGCCCUUUGAAGAUGGACCGGCUGUGCGUCCUUACAAUCAGCACCUGGUAGCAUGGCGGCCGGUUGGGAUGGUGUAUGCGGGGAUUGCUUCUUGUUUCCCCACAAAAUAUCAAGACCCUGCAUAUUGUUCCUCAUGAUCAAUCAAUGCAGUGGCCUCUUGACCUCUGCUCCCCUUCACAGCGGCUCCAGCUAGUACUGUCGAAUAUGCUCUUCACGGAGACAAACUCUCUCAGCUUCCGAUGCCCCUCACCUUCUGUAUAACAACCUCGUAGCUUCCCAUAGGACAACCUUCAAUGGGAAAGUUGCUUUUUUACUAAGAUGAUCUACAAUAGGACAGUAUCCUACUAAACAACCUACUCUAGGAGAACCUAUGACAGGAUAACUUCCAGAUGUCUUAGAGGACAAUUUCCUUCAGACUGCUUCUUGUUACAUAACCUCCCAGCCUCCCAGGAAUCUCUCCCUAGUGGACAGUGUGGCUCAGUUAGGAUGUUGUUUUCA